AUGAGAUGGGCUCACGUACUUGGCGACGCAUACUCAGCCGCAGAGUGCAUCAACACGUGGGGCAAGAUCAUGGCCAAUCACAAAGUGCCGGUUCACCUAAGCAAUCCCAUCAAUAUCCAAUCACAGCCUUCCACGUCAGCAUCCUUAUGCCGGUCCAUUAAACAGCUGGACCCCCUCGGAGACAACUGGUCAAUCCCUAACAACUCCAAAAUAAUGCAAACACACACUUUCCACAUAACAAAGGAAAGCCUAAUCAAACUCCUGCCUGAAGAGAAGAAUAGCAAUAAGUACAGAGUAAUAACCCCGUUCGAAGUGAUCUCGGCCGUUAUAUGGAAAUGCGCGGCCAAAAUUAUGAAUAUGAUUAAUAUUAUCACCGUGUGCAAAAAGAGCGACAAAAUACUUGACCUCACGAGCGUACAGUCAGAGCUACCCAGCAACACUCGCCAGGUGACUGGCACGGUUGAAGCUCGAACGUUGGAUCUAAUCAGAGACGCCGAUUAUCUUGAGUUAGCGAAAUAUAUUUCCGAGGAGUUUGUGGACGAGACGAAUGCGGUGGAGAGAGAAAUGGAGGAAGGGAGUGGGAAGCUCGAUUUUAUCGUGUACGGGUCGAACCUCACGUUUGUCGAGUGGGAGGAAGUGAAUGUGUGGGGGUUGGAGCUUAAUGGGCUGGGCCCGAUUUUUGCGGGCUUGAGCAUUGAUGGGGUGGGUGAUGAAGGGGCUGUGGUGGUGAUGGCCCGAAAUGGAGGUGGGAGAAGUGUGAACGUGAUUUUGGCUGAGGAUAGAUUAGGACAAUUGAGGAAUGAGCUUGUGGAGUAUGGUAUAGUGUAA